UAAGAGGUCCGUAUAAUAGUUCAUUGUAAAAUUAAUCGUCUAUUUUCAUGUACUAAGUUUUCUGCAUGAACGUUGCUAUCGGUAGUGAUGUCCUCGUACACAUUUAACCAAAAAGCAUUUACACCGAUUCCUCCCGAGAAAGGAAGUUUUCCGCUCGACCAUGAGGGAUCCUGCAAGGAGCUUAUGAUCAAGUAUAUGCGCUGUUUGUUUCAAAAUAAGAACGAGAAUACAAUGUGCAGAAGCGUAGCAAAAGAAUACCUUGCUUGCCGAAUGGAUAACGAGCUAAUGGUGCGAGAAGAUUGGUCCGCUCUUGGUUACUCUGAUGAGGUCAAGGAGACAUAACAACAGCGAUUUAUUACUAAUCGAUUUGCGCGACAUAGUAGAUUUACGAACUUUCCUGCUGAUUAUUGCAUUUGUUUUACCUUGAAAAAGAGAUUAACAGAUUUUACUGAUAAAUUUUUAGAUAAUAUAUACGUAUAUAUGUGUUUAGAAAUUAUAUGUAUACAUACUUUUAUUUAAUACGAUUGGCGAAUGGUGACUAGACAGUAUGAAAUAGUGAGUUUCAUUAAACACAAAUUAAAGUGAUUCCAGUGCAGUGGACAGAUUUGGAAAAUAAGUUAUUAAGCAUUUGAAGCAACUUGGUAGAAACAAUAGCACAUCUGUUAUAGAGAUUUAAAAAGAAGAUAUUCCAUUUAACUUAGAUCUUUGUUAAGUGUAGUUUCCUGUGGAUCUAAGUAAUCAAGGCAUCUUGCAACUUGCACUAGAUGGCCUAAAAGAAUAAUAGUAAAUUGUUGUCAUUGUUGAAAAGUCCAAACCUAUUCCAUAUCAUCUGUUGAGAAAAUCAAUAGUAAAGGUUUCUAUAAUAUAAGCAGAAAAUAAUAAAAAUAAAUUGUUAGAAAAGAGUUCCAAGUUAAAAACCUAAA